AUGAUCUAAGAGAAAAUAAACGUUUGACAAUCGAUCGACUUUGAGAAAUGAACGAUAUGACUAUAUGUUUUUUGCUAUCAAACACUCACUUCUUUCUUAUGUAUAUACCUAUCAAAUAAAACAAGUAUAAAUUAUAUAGCAAAAUGUCUGAAUAUAAACUUGACAGAGCAAUAAUUGUUAUUUUUUUAAAAAAUUCUUAUUCAUUUCGAUUAAAUGAAAACAUAUUAAUUAUUAAUGCAAACUUUUAAUUUGUUUAUAUCCCUUUCCCCAUUUUGAUUGUCUCUCUAGAAAUAAAAUCCAACAUUGAAAAUAAGAAAUCAAGAAAGUAUGUCAACCACCAUAAAAACAAGGGUUAAUAUUUUCCUAUGGCCUAAACUUUGACCAAAAUAAACAUCCUGGCCAAUCUUUUCGAUCUAUAACAUUCUGGCCCGAACUAUACACCAAAAUAAACAAUUUGGCCAAACCCGAUGUUUGACCGUUAACUUGGACGGUCAAACACGUUGACUAACGGUCUACGCGCCAUGUCACUGCCAAGUCAGAAGAUCUGAUAAAUAUUUAAUUUUUUUCGUUUUUUAUUUUUGGUUUAACUAAGGUAUUAGAUGAUUUUUUUUAAUUUAUAAUAAUUUAAAAUUAGGGAAUGUGUGGAAAUUGUGAAUUAUUUUAAAUAUUUUAUGCUGACUUGACAAUGACAUGGCGCGUUGACUAACGGUCAACGCGUUUGACUGUCCAAGUUAACGGUAAAAAUUCGGGUUUGGCCAAAUUGUUUAUUUUGGUGUAUAGUUCGGGCCAGGAUGUAAUAGAUUGAAAAGAUUGGCCAGGAUGUUUAUUUUGGUCAAAUUUCAGGUCAUACGAAAAUAGUAACCCUAAAAAUAACCAAAGCCCUCUUAUUAGUUGCUAAUUUUUUUGAGAUUUCUAAUAAUUUUAUUCUCAUAAUUUAUAGAGAAAGAACUGGUAAUGCAUACGAUUUUUUUUCUUUGUAUGAGAAUAUGAGGUAGAAAUUAUACGAGACAACGAUAAGAUGACAAAAUUUUGAGCAGUUAUAACAUAUUUUUGCCUGUUGACGAAAAAAGUUAAUAUGAUCAUUGUGAAGAUGAGGUGAACCAAGCCGAGGGUUGUCGACUGCUCCCUCCUCCUCCUUGAUCUGAAGCUGGCAACUGGUCUCACUUUCUCAGCGAUAUGUUAUUGUUUGCGGUUGACUGGCCGAGUUAUACUCUUUUUCCCAUUCUUUUCUUAAUUUCUUCCAAAUUACGACUGGUGGAUGGUAAAUUUUCCCACUCUCGAUGAGUGAAUAUAUUUCUUCUUUGUUUUUUUACUGAGAAGGGUUGCCAUAUACUUUCAUGUAUAUAAAAUAUAAUUAGAAGGGUUAAUUGGUUGGACUUAGGGCAUACCUCCUUUGGUUGAAUAAUUGAUCAUUUUUCUUGAAUGCCUAUUGCAACCCGAUUUCUUGAAUGUUGAAAUUGAAAGUAGAGUUGUGAUGAUUGUUUAUUAUAUUUUAUGUUAAUGAUUGACAUGCUACUUCUAGCUAGCUAUACAAUGAUGAUCUGGUUAGUAAUUAGUAGGUAGCAAAGGGGUUAUAAGUAGAAGGGAACAUAAUUGGGAUUUUAUAAAUGCCGCGAAGAAGAAAGACAAUGAUAAUGGUGGUUUUUCGGUUGUCUAUUUCGAUGAUUUUUUAAUUUCUACAUGUUUGCGGUGACAUUUGUUUGUUUCAUUAAGGUGAAGUUUUCUGCAUUGAAUCCCUAACUAAAGAUUGAUUUUGACAUGAUUGUUUUCUUACAAACUACUAUUUGGAUUGAUGCAUAUAUUCAGUUCACAGAUGAGGAAUCUGAAUGAUAAAAUGAGUUGAGUUGUAUUGAAGACUGCUCCUUUCAUUAUUUGUCUAUGUUGUUAUUAGGUAAUAAAGCAUAAUUCUUUUCUGCAGGAGAUAUGUAGCUCUCUACAAAAUAUAAAUUGUGUUUAAUUAUAUGUAGUUUAAUUAAUUUGCUGAUAAUAUUGAUUUAAUAAGUUAGUGACAGCUGAUAGUUUUGUUUGUGGUUGGUUUUGCUAGAACAUUUCAAGCUAAUUAAACAAAGACGUGGAAGAUUGAUGGACGUGGAUGCUAAUGAGUUUCCUCAUUAUUCCAAAAUUGUAUGUGUAAGUGAUAAUACACGAUAUUCAUGGGAUUUAGAUCAGAAUAUUCUCUAUUAUCAUAUACCGACAUAUGAGAAGGGAGAGAAAAUAAAAAGCUCUUCGCUUAUUUUUUUUUAUUAAUUGAAGUACAUUUUCUUAUUCUAACUUCUUCUUUUGUGGCCGUAAGUUUUUUAACUUCUUUAUCACAAUUCUGUGCUAAAGAAUGAAUAAUCUCUUAUGUUUAUAAUCUUAAAGGGCGAAUUCGAUAAAAACAAAUUCUAAAUCAAUAAAGAACUGUCUACAAAGAGCUCAGUUAAUAAAAUUAAAACGUUCAUAAAUAAACAAAAGGCAUAAAAGUAUGAAAUAAUACCUGAAAUAAGGUAAGUGGGAUUUACAAUUCCAUGUUAUUACCUUAGCAAACAUAAAUAAUAAUAACAAUUAGAAUACUAUAACGAAUUAUAAAACAACCAAACAAAAUACACCGCACAAUGGGCGGGUAAAAAACUAGUUAAACUAAUGAACGUUCAGUGUUAAAUGAUAACCGAAUGUUUUUUUAUAGUUACAUGCAUGUUAUCAUAACCAUUUCAAUGUUAAUUGUUAAUGCAGAAAAAAAGAGGUGGGAACACUGGCGGAUCCAGGGGUGGCCACCCCAGGCCCCGGUCUAGUCCUUCUCUGGAUCCGUAGUUUCUAUAGUCCUUAUGAAAUUUUUGAUUUUAGACAUCUGAGUCAGUGUUAUUCUAGGAUAAGAAUGGGAUUAACUAGAAAAAUUAUCAAGUUGAACAUAUUCAAAUCACUACUCUAAAUUUAGCCUAGAAAUUUUAGCCCCAAAGAUUAUGCGUCUAAGAAAAACAAUGAAACCUAAAAUUCUAAAAUGUUUAAAAUGUAAAAGACUAAAAGAAAUAUUAGGUUUGUUCCCUUAAAAAUUUACUAAAGCAGCUGGUGUGCAGGGAUGGACACACAAUGCAAAUUGAUUAGUCGAUUGAUUUAUCUAGUGUUGAUGCUGCUCGUUUCAACAACUACUAAGAAGAGAACAUUUUCAACAAUGAAACAUGUGAUAACUGAUUUGCUCAAAAAAAUUAGCGAUGAAUUUCUCGUCGAUUGCUCAAGUAUUUUAUUUGAAACAGUGUAUAGUAUUGGUAUGGAUGUAGACUCCAUUAUUGAUGCAUUCCCUAAAUUAAAAUACAGUCGUGUACAAUUUACAUUGCAAAAAACUAUAAUCAUUAUAUUUUUUCACGGUUCUAAUUUUCUAAUGAAAUGCGGCCCAGUGCUCUUCUGUGUUCUGGAUCCGCCGCUGGGUGGGAACAAACAAAUAAAUGGCAGCGAGACCAUAGUACAUACGUGUCCUUAUUUCCCUUGUCUAUCAAAAAGCAAGGAAAUGGUUAUACGUCAAAAGAGUAAUUCAUCGGACCAAUGAGAGUGAGCCAGCUUUUAAGGUAGGCAAAUCGCCGUCCCCGAUUUGACAUAUUGGUAGCCGAAGAGUGGAAAAACGCAUUAAAUCCCGGCCCAACCACCCAUCAACCAACUAACCGGCCGACCCACGACCGAAACCCAUCCUCUGCUUUUCCCUAUAUAAACCCUCCUCCGGGAGCUUCAACAUUCACUCACCCAGCAAUCUUCUCUCGAUCGAGCAGCUUUCUAAAACACAACACCUUUCUCUUACCUUACACUUCUCGUAGUCCUUUUUUGUUGUGAAGAAUGGCCGGUGCAGCAGCGAAGGUGGUGUCGAUGGUCCUGGUGUGCGCCUUGGUGGCAGCUCCAUACAUGGCGUCGGUGGAUGCCAUAACAUGCGGUCAAGUGGCGAGCAACCUGGCUCCAUGCCUGGGUUACCUGAAGGGCCCUGGGCCCGCCCCCGUCCCGGCGGGAUGCUGCAACGGGGUGAAGGCCCUCAACGCUGCCGCCCAGACCACACCCGACCGCCAAGCUGCUUGCGAGUGCUUGAAAUCCACCGCCGGCUCAGUCGGCGGCAUCAACCCCGGCAAGGCGGCUGGCCUCCCCGGUGCCUGUGGCGUCAACAUUCCCUACAAGAUCAGCACCAGCACCAACUGCAAAUCCAUCAAGUGAAGCAUACGUGUAAGCGAACGUGAGCAGGGAAUUAAGUGGCCAUAUUAGGUUCUGCGCUAAUAUAGUUAUUAUCAAUAAUAAAAUGUGGUACGAGUCUAGUAUGUACUGUGGUGGCUCUUCAUUGUCUCUCCACUGGUCUAUGGAUCGUCUGUGUUUUGUUUUAGUUUUUGUGUUUUGUAACGUGUGACCACUUUAUAUGGUCAAUGCCACGUACUUUUAUGUAAUGAAACGAAAGUGGCGAGCGGUAUGCAUAUGCCACUUCAUUAUCUCUUUAUUAUCUACACAAUCACUAUUGCCUAGCCACUAACUACAUCAAAUUAACCUCUCGGGCUUGUGGUGAGGCUAAUUAGUAACUAAUCUCCAGACUUCUUCCGGAUUUAUACUACAGACUGUAUGCAUGUAAGACUUACCAAGGCACUGAACAAUAUAUAUAGCACCUGGUACAUUUGGACAUUUAGUAUGUAACCUACAAAUGAAAUUAUCAUUGAGAUUAGGGGUGGUCAAUUGAUAAACUAAGUUGAAAUCGAACCUUUUGAGGUUUGAAAUUUAUUAACCGUGAAAUAAAGUUGGUUAACCUAACUGAUUGAGUUAAGAAAAAAAAAACACACACACACUUACUAGCCAUAAGCAAAGUCAUAUUGGUUUCAUUAAAUAGUUUAUAUAACCAAUAUAGAAUCAUAUAAAUAUUAACAUAGACUCCUUAUGACUUAUCACUCUACAAUUAAAUCUAAAUUUUUUAUUAUUACAAAAUCAGAUACUUAAUAGAUUUAACUAUUCACUAAUGACAUUGAAUAGUUUGACCAUUGUACCCUUCUUUAGCAAUUGUCUGAGGUUAUUAAUAAUGAGGACUUACUGCCCUACAACAUCUUUACAUUAAAUAUCACAAACUAUCAAAGGAGAAAUAGGAGCUGAAAACUGCGCUAUAGAAUUUGCAAUCCUUUAAACAAGCCCAACGGAGAAUUCUAUCAUUUUUAUCCACUUGCACGACUACCAUUCUUUUGCAUAUUAAUCACAUGGCCUUCACUGGAUUUUGCGUAUUUAUUUUAAGUAAUUGGCGAUUUUUUGUGUUUAUUUAUAAACCGUGCAUUGGUUUUGUUUGUUAGGGACAAUUUGGUUGGAAAUGGAAUUGGGAAUGGAGUAAUGGGAGCUGUGGCAGAGAGGAAAGAACAAAAGGAAGCUUUUAUUAUUUUAAGUUUGACCUUAUUUCACUAAAUAGAUUAGGGCCCGCUUAGUAGUAGGAUGAAUUACACAUCAAUAGUAUAAAUAAUAAUAAUAAUAAUAAUAAUAAUAAUAAUAAUGACUGGAAUAAAUUUAUAAUUUUAUUUGAUUCCGUGAAAAGUCUUAAAUUAUUUAAUUACUGAAAAUAUAAAAAACUACAUACAACAUAAGUUUUCUGACAUCUUAAUCAUUCAUAGAGAAAGUACUUAUCAAAAGUAAAAAAACACAACUCAUUCAAUGGAACUAAUUCCUAACAAAAUUAAUAAAAAACAUUGUUGAAGCUUUUACAUUCACCAUCAUUAUUCUCUUCUUUUUUUCUCCCACAAUUUAUUGAAAACCAAACUUUAAUGGUGAAAUGUUUGGAAAUUAAAUGUUGCUAGUAUAAUUUUCCCAUCCAAGCAAUAAAUAUUAUCAAUCAUUUGCUCUUUCCUAUUUUUUAAAUUUAUGUAUCCUCCAUCUACAAUCUCUUCAUUCUUCCAAAUAACGUCAUUAUCUCUACAUCAUCGGAUUCACUACCUUCACUAUUAACAUAAUCUUUCUCUUACUUACAUUUCAAUGAAAGUACGAAUUUAGUGGCAAAAUAUUUACAUUGUCAAAGACCAUUUUCAAGCUUAAAUUUAUCAUGUCCAUGUCAUAAGCUUGAUCUGAAAAUUUAAAAUCAUUCCCUUAGUUUGUAGACAUGAGGAUGUGAAUAUUCUCUGGAGUAAUUUCUUGAUAGGAUUUCCCGAAAACCCUAGCCCCUUGUGAUCUGAAAUAAUAAAAUUAGAUUCAACAA